AUGUUUAACGCUCUUAAUCGGUUUAUUUCCCGAUUGGAUUCGGACUCUCCCGUACACCAAAACCGGGACAAUCAUAGCGCAUUCGGAUUCCAAGUCCUCAGAAACAAGACUCCAGAACUAGCUGUCGAACCCUGGUUUGAUUUUAUUGUAGGAAUCAAUGGACGAAUGAUUGAUGAUUCUGAUGCAAAUCUCUUUGCACAAGAAGUACGGAAUUGUGCUGGAAGUACAGUAACUCUCGGUCUGUGGAGCGCAAAGGGCCAACGCACACGAACUAUUCAUAUCCCAGUACCUUCCGAUACUCCAUCUCUAGGCUUGACCCUUCAAUGGACUUCCCUCUCUACCGUUUCGAAUAUAUGGCAUAUUUUAGAUGUACCUGCCAACUCUCCAGCCGAUCUCGCGGGACUUCUUCCUUACAGUGACUAUAUUCUCGGCACACCCGAAGGAGUUUUACACGGAGAGAGUGGCUUGGGUGAACUGGUUGAGGAUCACAUCGGACGACCAUUACGACUUUAUGUUUAUAAUAAUGAAUACAACGUUACAAGGGAGAUUACUAUACAUCCAAGCAGAGACUGGGGUGGAGAUGGGGCGCUAGGUUGUACUUUGGGGUAUGGAGCAUUGCAUAGAUUGCCAGCCCCACUAAGUGAGCCCGUCGCUGGACCAGGAGAAACACUGUUUGAAGGAGAGAGCGCGAGGUUUUCAAAUGAGGAACAUCGGGAGAAAAUGGGAAGUGAAGGUGCCUCAAGUCAGCUCUUUGUGCCAGCUGCUGUGGCAGAAGAACCAGGUGAAUUCUUGGUGCCGGCUCAACUUGCGGCCCCUGCAUCCACGACACCGGCAAGGAAGAAAGAGAAGAAACAUGCGCACAAUCCGAAUAAUUUCAUGGAUGACUAUUUUAUGGAAGGAGAGAAAAAGAGUAGAGAACUAGAUCAUGCGCCGAGCACGAAGACUGGUGGUGUGCCUCCACCUCCUAAGGCAGGAGGACCCCCAAGAGCCGGAACGCCCAAAGUAGCAAGCCCUAAGCCCAGUCCAGUACCGGCAGAGACGAAAGAUCCGUAUGAUAGUGGUGUUGAUUAA